AUGGAUACUGUUCUCUUAAGUGAUCUUGAACGUUUCUACUUAGUACAAGGAGUCGAAGUGGGAUGUAGAAUGGAUGGUCGUGGCCCAAGUGAAUAUCGACCUUUAGAAAUUGAGACAAAUAUUUUAAGUCAUGCAAGUGGUUCAGCAAGUAUUCGCAUUGGUGAAACAUUCAUUGUAUGCUGUGUUAAAAUGGAGGUUGGUAAACCUUCUUUAACUAACCCUAGCGAAGGUCGUAUUGAAAUAAAUGUCGAAUGUUAUCCUACAGCAACUCACCAUUGCAAUGAGAAAGCAGCAUCCGAACUUGCAGAACGUUUGAAGACAACAUUACAAUCAACCUAUCAAUCAAAGUUCAUAGAUUUAAGCUCUCUGUGUAUCCAACGUGGUCGACAAUGUUGGGUUAUUUAUAUUGAUCUGCUUAUCUUAGAAGGUGCAGGAAACUUACUUGAUGCUUCGUCCUUGGUAAUCAAAGCUGCUCUGCUAAACGCUACACAAUCAAAUUCUUUAUUAUUAUCUGUCUUUCAAAACAAAGUGAAUUGUCUGGAAGCAGAAGUUCGGCGAUUUUCUGGAGAUAUGUUGCCAUUAUUUAUCACAGUACAUAAGAUUGGAAAAACAUACAUAAUAGAUGCAAGUAAAGAAGAAGAAGCUUGUUCAUUAUCCAGACUAUCUCUUAUUAUCUAUCCAGAUGGUUCAAUUGGUUCGUUAGAACAAGAUGGAUGUUGUAGUUGUCAAUUAGAAUCAAUUGUUGAAAUGUCACAGCUUGCAACAACUGUCGGAAAGGAGUUAAAUUACGCCCUAGUAAAGACACUAGAAUUAGAAAAGCGGUUACGUUCCUAA